AUGACCAUCAACAUGUCCCCAGCAUCCUCGAUCUCCAUCAGCCUUGAAGUCGAUCCUCCUCGCUUUCCUCCCCACCGCAAUAAGCGAACGCAGUCUCCUUCCAUCUCCGUCCGCGCCGUCUCCCACGCGACCGCACCGAUCACCAUAUUCACCUGGCCCACUAUUUUCAACUUGGCGCUUGCUCAAAGGCGUGAUAAUUUUGAGUGUUUUGAUAUAACUGCCGAUGCUCCCGUGCGCGUCAAUUUGACCAAAGGCCCCAAACGACGAGGGUUCAGCCGUGAACGGGGUGGCCAUGAUGAUCGCUUCUUUUGCACCUUGCUGCCCGAGACACCCGUCGUUUUUGUUGAUUCGUUUAAAGUUGCCAAUAGGGUCCUUCCAGACCAUGACGAGACCUCGGUCCUUCAAUCAGGGCAUCGAUAUACUUAUGCGGUGCGCGAAGGAGAGGCUAUGACCUGGUGGGGAUGGGGAACCAAAGACGAGGUUAUGGCCCCGUCGGAUCAACCGGAGGCCUUGGGAGAGCCAAGUGGUGGCCCAAUCGACCUGCAGCCCAUCGCGGUGGAAUUUGAGGUGGAAUAA